UGUACUGUUUUUGCUCUUAAUGAAUUAAUACCUUUCAAAUGCAAGAAAUCAAUGUAUUCCACCACAGAGAAAAGAGGAGAUGGUCACUCCACAGUAUUGAUUCAGUUGAGUACAUGAGUGGCCAGCUGGCAUGACAGGACUAUUGUUAUGUACCAUGUAGUUCUGUAUACACAUAGGUACUAGCUGGCCCUGAGGAAUUCGUGUUUGUGUCAUAAAAACAAGGAUUUUGUUUCACCUCCAGAUAUAACAGUAAAAGGAUCUAGUUGCAGUGGUAUAAUCUUUUUAUAUUGUCAGAAGAUGAUGAGCGUUUUAAGUGGGCGGGAUCAAUUUUCACUUGAAGGCAGGAAGCAGUAGAUGUAUAUAAGACUUUAUGUGUAAGAAAAUUGAUUUUUGCUGUUUGAUGAACACAUGGCGGAAGCAGCAAUGUCAGAAUUAAAAAGAGAAAAGUUGGAGAUAAGUGUGAAGAAAGAGACAGUAUCUACAGUCCAAAAUGACAAGGGAUCCACAGAGAUACCUUCAGAAGUCAACCUUGCCACAGGGAUUGAAGAAGCUGCAGUUGCUUUGAACCUCUUCUUGAACAACAAAUUCAGUGAAGCAAAAGAGAGAAUGCAGCCAUGGGCUGAUCGCAGUAUCUACCAUGCACUGGGAUAUUGUACAAUAAUGUACCUGCAAGCUGCUAUGACAUUUGAGAGAGCUGAUAUUGAUCUUGCCAUUGAGACAAUAAAGAAGUCUAUAGAAGUUUGUAACAAGUUCCGUAAGAAGACCUCCGUGGUCAGUGCCAUAGCUAGGGGGGCCAAGGGACAGAAAAUAAAUUAUGAUAACUACACCACAGAAGAAAUACACGCAGAGCUGUGUUAUGCCGAGUGCCUAAUACAGAGGGCCUUGAUGACUUUUGUGCAAGAUGAAAACCUUAUCAGCUUCGUCAAAGGAGCACUAAAGAUACGGGCAUGUUACUUGUCUUAUAAGGAAUGUUCCAAGAUGCUCCAGAACAGAACAUGGAACGGCUGUAAAGAGAAAAUCCACUUUGAAAGUGGGGUCAGAAUGGGCAUUGGUGCAUUUAAUCUGUUAAUCUCACUGCUGCCAACAAGGGUGCUGAAGCUCUUGGAGUUUGUUGGUUUCUCAGGAAACAAGAGAUUUGGCCUGAAGGAGUUGGAGCUGGGUAGCAGCUACAGGCACAGUCUCAGGGGACCACUAUGUUCUAUAAUCCUAAUUGCUUAUCACACUCUAGUCACCUAUGUAUUAGGCACAGCAGAUGGUGACAUCCCCCUUGCUGAAACUGUGCUAACUCCAUGCUUACAAAGUUAUCCCAGAGGUGCUCUGUUCUUGUUUUUUGCUGGGAGAAUUGAAGAAAUCAAAGCCAACCUUGAUGAGGCCAUAUUAAGGUUUGAGGAGUCCGUGGAAUCUCAGAUGGAGUGGAAACAGUUCCAUCAUCUUUGUUACUGGGAGCUGAUGUGGUGUCACAGUUUCAAAUGUGACUGGUUAAUGGCGAUGAAAUAUGCUGAAAAGCUUUGUCACGAGAGUCGCUGGAGUAAAGCAACUUACACAUACCAGAAAGCUUCAUUUCUUAUGAUGUGUGCUGAUAAGACAGAGGAAACAAUGGAGCACAUCAAUUAUCUUUAUGGUGAAGUUCCCAGACUGCAGCAGAGGAUAGCAGGGAAGUCCAUACCAAUCGAAAAGUUUGCUGUGAAGAAAGCUAAGAGAUUUAUAGAACAAAAGAAUAGGCUUACACUUCCAGCACUGGAACUGAUUUAUGUGUGGAAUGGGUUCUCCAUCAUCGGGAAGAGGACGGACCUGGUAGAACCUAUAAUAUCUGUGAUAGAAGCCACAAUCAACACUAUUCUAGAAAGCAAAGAGAGUUUCCAGUAUUUCACUGAUGACUACUGCCUAGCUCUGCAUCUGAAAGGUGUGUGUUUGAAGCACCUGGGCAGAACAUUCCAGGCAGAAAUAUGUUUUAAGGAGGUGUGCGACAGUGAGAAGAAAUUGAAAUGUGACAACUAUUUGGUUCCCUGGGCACACAUGGAGCUGGCUCUCCUGUGCAUGCAACAGCAGAGACCUGAUGAGGCAAAGAAGCUGCUGGACAAAGCAAAACAUUUCAAGGGCUACAGUUUAGAGUCCAGACUGCACUUUCGUAUUCACGCAGCCAAUAUCGAGUUACGGUCGAGCAAAGAAGAUGGCGCCAGUGGUCCUGAGGGGUCUGUUGCAUCAACACCAGAAGAUGAGCUAUCCAUGGGUGUGGAUGAGCUCCGAGAUGCUUUACCUGCAGACAUGGAUAAAGAAAGUAGCAUACCUAUUGAAACUACUUUAUAACAUACCCAUUUUAGAAUAAAUCCUGUCAAAAAAAUAAAUUCUAGUUGUUCACAGUACUCAUAGACAUUGCUAUCAUGAUAGCAUGGAUUCCUGCUGAAUUGUUUUUAUCACCAAAUUAUAAGGAUUUCAGCAUUUAUGUCUCCCAUCAUAAGAAUUCCUUGGUUAGUCCCACUGUGCAGCUUCAAGCUUUUGUGCAAUCAGCUCUAAUAGUGAGUUCUAACUUACAUGUAAAUACCCGAUAUAUGUGCCUGAGCUUUAUGUUAAAACACCAUUAGAAUCUAAUGUGCUAGAGGGUCAAUGUAAAUGCUCAAGACAGUAGCUGUUAUAAUUUAUCAAAUCCUGGUAAACUUUUCGCCUGUGGCAACUAGUUUUGUUAGAGGUGUAACUAUUAUUUAAGUCCCACUUUAAUUCUCUUUUUAUUAAGGCAUUCUAGCUACAUGGAGCAGUUUCUUUCAUGAUUUUUUCAUGAUAUUGAAUAUUCUUAUUAUGGAAUCGAGAUAAGUAGAAUGAUAUAAAUGCAUUUUAUAUUUUAUUGUUACCUAUUGAUUCACACAAGCUCUCAAAAUUUCAGUGUAAAGAAAUGGAAUAGUAAAACAUUGAGGUGCAUUGAGCAAAU